AGAAAAUCUUGAGAGAAGUACAGAGAGACUUCUUGACAGAGAUGUGACCUACCCGGACAUCAAGAGAGAUCUGCCUAUAUUGUUGAUAGCUGAAGUUUAUUAUUUCAAAGGACUAUUCAGACAAACUGGCAAUGGGGAAACUUUUGCUAUUUUUAAUGGUUUCUUUUCUUUUGCUGGAUGUGACAUUUCAAUCCAAAGGGAAAAGGGCCAAGAAAUCCAACUGGAACAUCACUCUAAUUCCCAGAACAUUUAAAGGAAAAAUCAUACAGUUAAAGUCUGUGUCUCUCCCUAAUGCCAGCCAACAGACACAGACACAACAAGCACCCCAUUAUUCUGGCCUCCCCACUGCCUCUGCUCCUACCCCUCCGGCGCUGUGGUUGCUAAGCAACAACACAGCGGCGUACCUCGCCGGCCCCUUGAGCAGGUGGGUCAUCCCCGGUUUUUACAUGCUGGCCAUUGUCGUGGGGAUCCCGGCCAACGUCGCCAUCUUGUCCGCCGUGGCCACCGAAGUCAGGAGGGUGUCGUCGGCCAUCCUCUACUGCAGCCUGGCCGUCUCCGACCUCUUCCUCCUCCUCUCCCUCGUCUUCAAGGCCCACUACCAUCUCCACGGCAACCACUGGGUGUUCGGCGAGACUGCCUGCCGCAUCGUCACAGCCUGUUUCUACGGCAACCUGUACUGCUCGGCACACACGCUAGCCUGUAUUAGCGUCAAACGCUACCUGGCCGUGGUGCGCCCAUUUCUCUACAAGAGCCUCCCCAAGAGGGCCUAUACCGCCUGGGCCAGCGUGGUAGUUUGGGGGGUGUUUGGGGCUGCUGUCAUACCCGAGCUCCUGGUCCGGCAGAGCUACCACCUCCCUCAGCUAGGCCUCACCACUUGCCAUGAUGUUCUUCCACUGGACUACAGCUCCCAUGCUCUUCUGCUCUACUACAAGCUGGGCCUGACCUUUCUGGGUCUACUAGUCCCGCUGAUGGUCACGGCUGUGUGUUAUGCACAGAUAGUCCGAGAACUCAACCACUCACACCACGACUGGGCGCUGUAUGUCAAGGCUAGCUCGCUGGUGUUUGUGAUUUUCGUGGCAUGUUUCGGCCCCGCCGGGACCCUCCACUUCCUGCAUUAUGUGCGUCGGUUGGCAGACGAAGAGGACAGCUUCUACGGCUACUUCAACGUGGCAGUGUGUCUGUGCUGUCUGCAUGCCUGCCUGGACCCAUUCCUCUUCCUCCUUAUGUCCAAAUCAGCCGGAUCCAAACUCCACUUCAUGACCCUCAAGGGGAAGACUCUGAGCAUCUCCACCUGAAUCUUAAUCCGGAUCAAACGUACAAAAUAAUCCACAUUUAUUCUAUGAGCUUCAAGGGGAAGACCAUGAGCAUCCCCACCUGAAUUUGACGUAACCUGGAUUCGAAUUUGGACCGCAACAUCAGGCCUACAUUUGGGCCAGCCACUUCAAUAUAGAUCUCAACUGUGAAUAUGUGACUGACUAUCGGAUGAUAAGGCCAGAAACUGGAUCAGGAUUUGAGACAAUUAUGGAUCUCAGUGAGAUUUCUCAUCUCAGAUCCAGUUUCAUAUGUGAAAUCGGUUAAGAUCUGUGUUUGACUCUUUCAAAAUAUUUUUUUAUUAACCCUUUUUUACCAGGUAAAUUGACUGAGAACACAUUCUCAUUUACAGCAACGACCUGGGGAGUAGUUACAGGGGAGAGGAGAGGGGAUGAAUGAGUCAAUUGGCAAUUUGUUGUUGGCAAGUCAUAAACGGGACCCUUCCAACCACAAACAGAGAGAGGAAAACGUCAACUACUGUAUCAAUACUGGGACUCUGUGUUCUGAGUAGACUGGACUGGAAUUCUGUGUGUGUGUGUGUGUGUGUGUGUGUGUGUGUGUGUGUGUGUGUGUGUGUGUGUGUGUGUGUGUGUGUGUGUGUGUGUGUGUGUGUGUGUGUGUGUGUGUGUGUGUGUGUGUGUGUGUGUGUGGUGUGCGGGCGGGCCUAUAUAUGUCUAUUGUAUGUGUUGUUUCCUUACAAAACCUAUUUGAUUUUUUUUUUAAGGAUACAUGUGAAAUAUUACAUUUGGCCAAAGUGGGAUUAAAAUUAAUUUAGUUGUGCAUUUUCUGUCAAAGAUCUACACAGAAUACUCUGUAAUGUCAAUAUGGAAGAAAAAUUCUAACAUUUGUAAAACAUUAAUGAAAAAUAUAACACUAGUAUAUCUUGAUUAGAUACGUAUUCAACCCCCUAGGUCAAUAAAUGCUAGAUUCACCUUGGCAGCGAUUAUAGCUGUGAGUCUUUCUGGGUAAGUGUCACGCCCUGACCUUAGAGAUCCUUUUUAUGUCUCUAUUUUGUUUUGGUCAGGGUGUGAGUUGGGGUGGGCAUUCUAUGUUUUGUGUUCUAUGUUUUGUAUUUCUUUGUUGCUUGGCCGGGUGUGGUUCUCAAUCAGAGGCAGCUGUCUAUCGUUGUCUCUGAUUGAGAACCAUACUUAGGUAGCUCUUGCCCACAUGGGUUUUGUGGGUAGUUAUUUUCUGUUUUGUGUGUCUGCACCAGACAGAACUGUUUCGUUUGUUCCGCUUUGUUAUUUUUUGUUUUAGUGUUCAGCUGUAUUAAAAAUCCUGAACACGUA